UUUCUUGACUGCCUGUUGAAGUGGCACUUUCCAAUUGCCCCUCCUUCUGUGCUGAGCACGCGCCCCCGUCCCUUUCCUCGACUCACAGCCCACCCGCUCGUUUUCCGAUGGCAACUCCAAACAGACUGAGCCCUGCGUCGCAGGCUGCGAACAAGGUCUUCACUAGGGUAGAUCUGGACGGCCAUGCGCUGCCGCCGUCCCCUGCCCCUUCAAGCCCGCUCUCUGGGAGGAAGCGUUAUGCUCUGGCAACGGAAUUGGUCUACACCGAGUCCAAGGACCAGUAUGGAGCCUCCAGCAUCCCCAUCUACCAGUCGGCAACCUUCAAGCAGACGUCGUCCAACGGCGGCGGCGAGUAUGACUACACCCGAUCCGGCAACCCGACGCGGACGCAUCUCGAGCGCCACCUGGCCAAGAUCAUGAACGCGACCCGCGCCUUGGCCGUGAGCUCCGGCAUGGGCGCUCUGGAUGUCAUAACACGCCUGCUGAAGCCCGGCGACGAAGUCGUCACUGGCGACGAUCUGUACGGUGGCACGAACCGGCUUCUCACAUACCUGAAGAACAAUCAGGGGGUCGUGGUUCACCACGUCGACACCACCAAUGCCGAGUGCGUCAGGGAGGUGAUCUCGGAGAAGACCGCCAUGGUCCUACUCGAGACGCCAACAAAUCCGCUCAUGAAAAUUGUCGACAUCCCGACCAUCGCCAGAGCAGCCCAUGAGGCCAACAGCAAGGCGCUGGUCGUGGUGGACAACACGAUGCUCUCGCCCAUGCUCUUGAACCCGCUGGACAUCGGCGCAGACAUCGUGUACGAGUCCGGCACAAAAUAUCUCUCGGGCCACCACGACAUCAUGGCCGGCGUCAUCGCGUGCAACGACCCGGAGCUGGGCGACAAGAUGUACUUCACCAUCAAUGCGACGGGAUGCGGGCUGUCGCCGAAUGAUUCGUUCCUGCUCAUGAGGGGCGUCAAAACCCUGGCCAUCCGCAUGGAGAAGCAGCAGGCCAAUGCGCAGCGAAUCGCGGAGUUCCUCGAGUCGCACGGCUUCCGCGUCCGGUACCCUGGCCUGAAGUCGCACCCACAGUACGACCUCCAUUGGUCAAUGGCGCGCGGCGCUGGCGCUGUGCUCUCAUUCGAAACCGGAGACAUUGCCCUCUCGGAGAGGAUCGUUGAGGCCACGCGCCUCUGGGGCAUCAGUGUCAGUUUCGGCUGCGUCAACAGUCUCAUUAGCAUGCCCUGCCGCAUGAGCCAUGCGAGCAUUGAUGCCAAGACCAGGCAAGAAAGGCAGAUGCCCGAGGACAUCAUCAGGCUCUGUGUCGGAAUUGAGGAUGCCGACGAUCUGAUUGACGAUCUAUCCCGCGCUCUUGUGCAAGCCGGCGCCGUGACGCUCACCCUCGACGGCUUCAACGCGAACAACGUGGUCGCGGAUGACGCGCCGCCAUCGGCCUAGACUUUUUGAAGUUCUCUACGGCACACACAUGUUGGCCAAGUCAUGGCAUAACACACUAACACGCCCUCCUCGAAGCGAACUGGGGUGGUAUUGUGUGCAGAAUCGGAGGUAUGGAGUACAGCGGAAACGGAAGCCGGACGGCGGAACGCCCUGAGUAUCCACGCAUCAAGUCGCCCCUCAGCCACGCCGCGCCGGCGGUCCCCCAACAUCGGCGUCCUGGUUAUUACCGUCUCGGACCUCGGCACGGCCACUUCGGCCGUUAGUGGUCGGGCCAGAAUUUGGCUGCUUCGGGUUAUCACCUACCCGGUCAGACCGCCGACGAAAAGGGCUUCGUUGAUGGUCAGAUUCUUGGGAUCGAAUUCGUCGCUCCAGGCUUUCAGCAUUUCCGGCUGUGGCUGCGGGGCAUCGUUGGCCAC